CAAGUGACACCCUCAACCUUGAUGCACUGGCCUCAUGAACACUAGGUCAUUUGGUCUGCUAAGGAAAAUAGCAUCUUUAUUACAGUGUACUUGCUUGAUAAAAUACAUGGAGCACUGUACCUUGCAGCAUCUUGUCUGUUUACAGUACACUAACAAACCUCAAGCAAUCACAGAGCUUUGAUGCAUGGCAAGUGAAGAGCAGAAGAUGGAUGAGUUAGCUAACAAAGUGGAAACCAGUGUUCAUCUCCAAGAAUUCCCAGAUCUCCCACAAGAAAUCAUCCUUGAUAUUCUCCUGAGGUUGCCGGUCAAGUCACUCCUACGAUUCAGGUGCGUUUCCAAAUGCUGGCUUUCUUUGAUCUCCAGUCCUCAAUUCAUCAAAACCCAUCUCGAGUUUUCAAAGAAAUUUGGGCCCAAACGGCUUGCUCUCAUGGCCACCCGGUUUGGUCAACCCGAGAUCUGUUCUACUUACUCCAUAGUUUGUGAAAAUUCCUGUAUUGUCAGAGUAGUUGAGCUCAACCACUUUCAGAAAACUGCCGAUAUACCUUCGCUCUGCAUUCUGGGUUCCUGCAACGGAUUGCUGUGUCUGUUGACCUCCUCGUAUAAACUCUCGAUCUGGAACCCGUCCACGAGACAAACAAGCAUAAUAGACGACCCGGGUUAUGAAACUAAAGAUGUUGGGUAUGUAAGAUAUGGAUUUGGGUACGAUGAGUCCCACGACGAUUAUAAACUGGUGAAGGUAUUCGGUUCCCCGCCUCCUAUUGAUGAACCCCACGGCAUGUAUGAAACCACCAUUAUGGUUUACAGCAGAAACGCCAAGUCUUGGAGAGUGAUUCCGGGUUUUUACUACAGUGAAAACUUUCCCGGUGAUAAUGGAAUUUUUCUCAAUGGAGUUGUUCACUUGGGAGGCAGUAAUCGCAGUUGGGAUUUUUGUUCGGAGAUUUAUGCAUUUGAUUUGGCCGCAGAGACGCUUCGGACCAUAACAUUACCGGGCAGCUACGAAGACCAAAGACCCUUUUGGAGAUUAGGCGUUUUGGGUGGAAAUAUUCUGGUGGCCUGUUGCCAGUGCUCACCGGAGACGUUGCAUAUAUGGGCGUUGAAGAACUAUGGCAUGGUGGAGGAAUGUUGGGGGAAAUUGGUGUCGUUUUCAUUGGAUUACGAUAUCAGCAUUUCGCCUGUGUUUGUGACCCAGAAUGUGGACGAGGUUUUGCUGCAGUAUGAUCUGGACAAACUGCUUUUGUAUAGGUUGAGAGAUGAUUCUUCGGUGCUGAUUCAAAUGUUUCCUCCAAAUAACCAUCUUUUGAUUCAAAUGGCUACCUACAAUGAAAGCCUAGUUUCAUAUGCCUGAUUCAAUUCUGCUGUUCAUAUGUACCGCUUUAGUACGAUAGAUGUGUGUGGUUUCCAAUUCCAUUUAAUUUGUACAAGUUUCACUUUUUGUUUGGGGAAAUUAAGGAUAAGUAUAUUCAGUUAAGUAAUAAUACUACACAUACUUUUAGUUUA